AUGUCGAUGGGGAAAUUCAUGAGUUCAAUUCUUACUUGCUCUUGUUGCGAAGAGGUUUGUUGUGUUUUGAAUAUUUUAAUAUUUUAUGCGCGGUUUAAUUUCUUAGAAGUUUUCGUAAUCCUUCAGGGUAUAUUGGUAAGAGAAGAGAUUUCACUUAGGUGUCUCAGGUGUUUAUAAAAGGUAUUUUCUCGCUUGUUAAGUCUAAAAUCCGUGACAACGUCUUCUCUCCACACAUAUGCUUGUGAUCGUUUACUUUGGAAGGCAGUAUAUUUUUAAAUUCUAAGUUGUUGGGGAAUUGAACACGAUAAUCGACGGCACGAUAAUUGUAAUGCUCUACUUCCGAUAAAACUGUUUCGUUAGACUGUAAAUAAGAAAACUGUCGCGAAGACACUGAUGUUGACUUCACCCGGGAUGGAUGUUUUCGGUAAAAAUGAAUUUUGAAGUUUUGAAGGAAGGGCAAAGGCGAAUAUCAGUUGUUUUCAUCGGUCGCAACCUCUUGUCUUUCGUGUAAAUCGUAGGUCGUGAUAACAAUCCAAUAAUUUGUUAUAACACAUGCAUCACUGGUUAGAACUGUCUCUACAAAAAUGGUCGUAGCUACGACAACGAAAACUAAACUCAAGUCAUCUUUUCUGCUUUCGCAACUCACAGAGACGGGGAAGACAUAUGGUCAGCGGAGUUGCUGGCUAACGAUUCUGUGACCAUCCUUCACCGUUUCUUCCUUGAAGAUUCAGCCAAAAACACAUAUUUAGCUGAAGCAGCCGUUUUGCCAAAAAGACUCAAAUUAUCCAAACCGUACUUGCCAAGUUCAGCACUGGCUUUUGUUCUUAUUAUAAAUGUGCUUUUUAACAGGAACGCUUCUGGCUCUUUUUUUUCCAGACGUAGUUAAUCGAUAGAAAUAGAUAUCGGAAAUCAAUCGAUAUCAUCGAUAUCAGUCGAUUGAAUCCGCCAACUGAUAUCGCAGAAAAAAAUAAUUUAUCGAUUAUUAUCGAUCAAUAAAAAUCCAUAGCAAUCGGUAGUAAUCGAUAACAAGCAAUAAUCUUGAAGUGAAUAUUCUGAACAUGACGAUGAUAUUUGGCAAGCAACACCCAUGAGAUUAGCUUAGGCUUAAAAAAAAACGUCUUUUUUUUUUACUUCAGCAACUACUCCAGGCGCAGUCUUCAUCACGUUCCAUUUUUUUGUUUCUUUCUUUUCCUGGUUUGUUUUAAUGGAUCGUUACAUGUCCAUUCAAUCCUGCGCCAUCGACUGCAUCUUGCAUUUCUUUCCUUGCAACGUCGCGGUAGCCUGCGAAUACAGCCGUUUUUCCUUGCUCCUCACCGCUUGGGACGUUUUACCAGGAGGGACGUCGGCGCCUUGGCGACAAAAUUUCCAUACUGAUGACGUAAAUCAAUGUUUACACACUAAAUCCGGGUAGUCGUGGGGUUCCAAAUGUAAAUUUUUUUAUUUCAUUUUUCUCCUGGUCGAUCAUGGUAAAGUUUUGUGUUCUACUGCAAACGAGCUGCAGCAAAACUCAGAUGUUUUCCCUAAAGAGGAAUAUAUUCCAGGAAUAUUGACUGUUUUGUAGUAGAUUCAUCACGUUUACCACCCGGUUUACAUGUUACCUUUAUUUGAUUACCUUUAAAACGCGGCCAUCAUCAUCGCUGACCGCUGACCGCUGACCGCUUUACGGAUGGGUAAAACUGAAGAAGAUUGAAACGGAUUGAAUUUAGGGUUUUCAGUGAAAACUAUUGAGCCUAACAGUUUUCUUUGCUGUUUGCAAUUUCAAAAAUAAUGCUUAGGAGACAUAUUUGUUUGUUUCGAAUUUCUGAUUUUGUCAUUUGCAUGAGAUUUCUUUGCUUACUUGAAGUUCCAUAGCGAUUGAGGGUGAGUAAUUGCCAAAUUUAAACAAAAUGAACUGGACUACCGUGACACAGCCCCUUUAACGCGAGGAAUUAACAAAAAAGCUGCGAAAACAGGCGCGAACAAGCGGCGCCAGGUUUCUGUCCCAAUUCUCCAUGCCUCUGACAGUACUUUUAUACAAUGUAUAUUGCUUAUUUUGUUUUUUAGUACUGCUGAAAUUUAACGAUUAUUAGUAAGAUUGGUAGUGAGAUAAUGCUCGGUAGUUGAAUUGGGUUCAAAAAUUAUAAAGUGGAUGCAUAGAAUGCAUAUUUCUGGUCACUAACCGGUUGCCCCGUUUUCAGAAUAAGGAGCCCGAAGAAGAAGAAUCAAAUCCAAGACAAAAGCUACUUGAUGAGGAUGUUACUAAAUCUUACACUUCGGAAAUUCACAACUCUUUAGAAACGCACAAGAGCCCUACAGCUAUCUCCGAGAACUCAACAACUAGCACGAGAAGUAUCUACUACACGCCCUCCAGUAGCUUUAAAGACUCGCCGUUCAUGUCAGUCGACUCAGAAUCAAAUACGGUUACAUCCUAA